AGGCAGUAAUUUCGGUCGCCUAAAGGGUCCUUGCGAUGUCAUAUCCCGGCGUGCUUUGCGGCCGCUCUCCCUUUCGCCGCCAUCUUGGGUCGGAGGCGCGGAGGCCUGCUGGGAGCAGGACUUCAGGACGACACCAUGUCUGGGAGACUAUGGUCCAAAGCCAUUUUUGCUGGCUAUAAGCGUGGCCUCCGAAACCAGAGGGAGCACACUGCCCUCCUGAAAAUUGAUGGAGUUUAUGCCCGUGAUGAGACUGAAUUCUACUUGGGCAAGAGAUGCGCCUAUGUAUAUAAAGCUAAAAACAACACCGUGACUCCAGGUGGGAAGCCCAACAGAACACGAGUGAUCUGGGGGAAGGUAACGCGUGCCCAUGGAAACAGUGGUAUGGUUCGUGCCAAGUUCCGGUCCAACCUUCCUGCUAAGGCCAUUGGACACAGAAUCAGAGUGAUGCUGUAUCCAUCUAGGAUCUAAAUUUUUACUAAAAAUAAAAUUCAGAAAUUGUUCGA